AUGACAACCGACGAGCAAAGAAUUGAAGCGCCAGAUGCAAGGACUAGCGGCAUGAGCGAGUCUUCUCUCCCCACCGCCCGUAACAACACCAACAAGGACCUGGGUAGCAUCACUCCCAGUGUCGACACCCGUGGGACUCCUCACCGGGAACUUACUUCGACAACCUCCAAGACCAAGACAAGUCCAACAUCAAGCCAGGGCACAACAACACGAAUAAGACCCAAACCCAAACCCACUCCUAAAUCAAUCUCAGCCCUCGAAGCCGAACUCGCCUCGUUAGAAACCCAACUCACGACCACACUAUCGCGUCUCGCCGCCCUCCAGCAAGAACCACAACCACAGCAACAAUCUCCAUCUCCAUCUGACUCUCAACCACAGCAACGACCACAAUCUCCGACCCACGACCAACAAAUCCUCGACGCCCAAGCGAUCUUCACACGCCACAUCGCGCAACUGAGGCGGUACAACGACAUCAAGGACGCCGCCAUGGGCAUGCUAUCGCUGAUCGCGGACCGGGAGGGCAAGCGGGUCGCCGAGGUGUUGGACGAGAGGGGUGUGCUCGUGGGGGAUGAUUAG